AUGCAAGUGUUGCCGCUGCCCAAAGCUGUUCUCCACCAGAUUGAUGCAGUGUGCCGCAGUUUUUUGUGGACAGGGGGUAAUGAGAUCUCACGAAAAUCUCCAGUUGCUUGGAAGCAUGUCUGCAGUCCUAAGGCGCAUGGAGGUAUGAGUAUCAUUGAUCUUGAAUGCUGGAAUAGAGUGUGCAUUCUCAAGCUUGUGUGGAAUGUCCAUAGGAAGGCAGAUUCGCUUUGGAUAAAAUGGAUCCACGCUUAUUAUUUGAAACAGACUGAUUUCCUGCAGGCUCAGAUUAAAGUGUCCCAGUCGUGGCUGAUGAAGAAUCUCCUGCAGUCUAGGAGGGAGUAUCAGGAUCUGAGUAUGGGUAAUCAUGGGGCCUUCCAUGCUAAGAGGAUAUACAUUGCCAUUAAAGCUGCUGUUUCGAGACCUAAAUGGAGCCAUCUCAUGUUUGGUAACUUUGCUAGGCCGCGUGCAGUUUUCAUUCUUUGGCUUGUAUGUAAUGGGCGAUUGGCUACUAAAGAUAGAUUGAAGAAGUUUGGGUUAAUCCAGGACGAGAGGUGUAUGUUUUGUGUGGAGAAGGAAACCUUGAAUCACCUUUUCUUCUGCUGUCCUAUUUUAAAAUCAGUUUGGAUUAAGAUCCUAAGAUGGAUCCAAAUUGAUCAUAAUCCUUUGCCUUGGGAUGGAGAAUUAGACUGGCUAGUCCGUAAUUGUAAGGGGAAGAGAUGGAGAGCUAGUAUUCUUAAAUGUGCUAUUUCUGAAGUUAUAUAUGCGGUCUGGAGAAUGAGGAAUGACAUGGUAUUUGGGAACUCUGCUAGUAAUGACAUUGAGAAGGACAUUAUAGAUAGAAUUGUGUACAGAAUUUGGAACAUUAAGAAAUAUAGGAGCCAUAUUGCUAGUCUCAUGAGUUAG